UUUGUGUGUUUGUUUUCACCACCAGAGCCUGCCUUCGGUGAGGUGAACCAACUCGGUGGUGUUUUCGUGAACGGCAGGCCGCUCCCCAACGCCAUCCGGCUCAGGAUAGUGGAGCUGGCGCAGCUCGGGAUCCGACCCUGUGACAUUAGCCGGCAGCUGCGCGUCUCCCACGGCUGCGUCAGCAAGAUCCUGGCCCGCUACAACGAGACCGGCUCCAUCCUCCCGGGGGCCAUCGGAGGCAGCAAGCCGCGGGUCACCACACCCACCGUGGUCAAACACAUACGGACAUACAAGCAGAGGGACCCGGAUUUUGCCUGGGAGAUCCGGGACAGGCUACUCGCCGACGGGGUUUGCGACAAGUUCAACCUGCCCUCCGUCAGCUCCAUCAGUCGGAUCCUGCGCAACAAGAUCGGGAAUCUGUCCCAGCAGAGUCAGUACGAGUCGGGCAAGCAGGCGCCUCAUCCACCGCCACAACCGACGUUACCCUACAACCACUUGUACUCAUACCCGACCUCCAAAGUGCCCACUCCCCCCGGCAUGCCCACCCUUCCCGGACACAUGGCCAUGCACAGGAUAUGGCCCUCCUCGCACUCUGUAACAGAUAUUCUGGGGAUACGGUCUAUUACAGAGCAACAAAUUAGUGACAGUCCAUCCUUUUCCAGCGCCAAACUAGAAGAAUGGAGCGCUAUAAACAGGACUAAUUUCCCAGCAGCAAGCUCUCCACUAGUCAAUGGCAUGGAUAAACCGCAUUUAGAACCUGAAGCAAAAUACACACAGACGCCGAGUGGAUUGCCCACAGUGAACAGCUAUGUCACAGCGCCCAGCAUCCCUCCCUACCACCCUCCCACCCAAGUGUCACCCUACAUGGGGUACAGCGCCACCACGUCGGCCUAUGUGACCGGAGCCACAUGGCAGCCGGCCAGUGGCAGUGCUCUCUCUCCCCACAGCUGUGACAUCGCCGCGCCUCUGGCCUUCAAGAGCAUGACGGCCAACCGGGACGCCAUCCACCCGGUGGCCGCCUCGGCGCUGUGAAGAAGUCACGGAGCGAUGGAGGGGGGAGAGAGAGAGACAGAAAGAAGAGGAGGAGGACAGGAGACUCGUGGCUUUUCAUGAAGGACUCGGCCUCACGUGGACCCAUAUUCUCCUCCCUCCUUCUUCUCCCUUCCAGCUAAACACACUCAGACUAAAAGACACACCAGGAAUAAACACUUUUUUGUUGUCGUUGUUGUCUAAAAGGACUGGCAGGACAGGUGUUCUGAAGGACUGAUGCAUGACUGCUCCUCCAUCCAUCAACAUAGUCCCUCUCAGAUUCUUUACUGCACUUCUGCAAAUGUCUGUGGGCAAAACGGGGUAAUGUAUGACUUCAUGAAUACGCAAUCAAAGAAAAACGGGGGGGAAGAAAACCUUUGCAUUAGUGUUUCAGGGUGCUUAUUAAUUGUUUUUUUUAUUUUAAUGUUUGUAUGCUUUUUGUUGCUGUUGUUGUUUAUGAUUUGAUAAAAUGCCACCCCCCUCCUUCUUCUCUGAAAAUGUGCAAGAGCUCCAAGAAGGGGAAGUUUAUUUAUUAGAUUAAGGUACGUUGAAUGAAGUGCAAUUAGCCUCACAGAAAGCAUGGGAAUCUCCACGCACAUUUAGACAAAAUUGGCAUCGGUCUAGAGCAUUAGCAAUUGACAAAUGUUGCACAAUGAAAUUGAAUGUAUCUUAUUAAAUUCUUAUUGGUCUUCA